AAAAAUACAUUACUACUUCAGAAAUUGUUGAGAAUCAUCAUCACUGUUUUAUAGCUGCUUUUCCAUGCUGGCAUGAGUCAUGUGUUGUCUGAGGCAACAUUUUACAGCCAGAUCCCCUUCUUGCUGUCAAGCUUUUUAUAUGCCUUUUACAUUAUGCAGAGACACAGUGUGACCAUCCUGCAACAGAGAUACACUUGAUAAAACUGGAAUAGAUGCAGUAAAUCUUGAAACGUGUCCGAGCAUCUUUAUUUAUUAUACUACAUUUGAAAAUAAUCUUUUUCUAGAUUUAUAAGGAAGCUAUGGAGGAUAAACUUUACAAAAGUCAAUUGUAUGCUCAAACACAGCUCAACUUCAGUGACACAUCUCUUCAGACAUAUGUAAAUGCACAGAAAACAGCAUAUCACUUAAACAUCAACAAUAAGACAUUUACUAAAUGUAACUUGUUAUUUAAGCAAAACUUACAACAGACAAACUCAAAACUUAAAUAUUUUAACAUUACCAAAAAUGGUCCGUUGUCUUUGCUUAAAAAUGUUCAGAAAGAGGAGAAAAUUUACCAAUGCAUAAUUUGUGGCAAAAUUUUCACUGACAGUAGUAAUUUGACCAAGCACAAACGUAUUCAUACUGGUGAAAAGCCAUACCACUGUGAUGUUUGUAGUAGAACAUUCUCUCAGAAAGGUCAUUUGUCUGCACACAAAUAUACUCAUUCAGGUGAGAAACCAUAUCACUGUGAUAUUUGUGGUAAAACAUUUUCACAAAAUAGUGUGUUAACUGUUCAUAAGCGUGUCCACACAGGAGAGAAACCAUAUCAAUGUGGAAUUUGUGCUAAAACAUUUUCCCGAGGUUAUGAUUUGAAUAGACACAAAUACAUUCACACAAAUGAAAAGCCCUAUUACUGUGAUGUCUGUGGGAAAACAUUCUCCGAAAGAGGUAGUAUGACUAAGCACAAACACAUUCACACUGGUGAGAAACCAUACCAUUGUGAUAUCUGUGGGAAAACGUUUUCUGAAUCUAAUAAGUUGACUCGUCACAAACAAGUUCACACAGGAGAGAAGCCAUUUUACUGUGAUAUUUGUGGAAAAACAUUCUCAGGUAAUAGCACAUUAAAUAGACAUAAACGCUUGCACACGGGUGACAACCCAUACCACUGUGAUAUCUGUGGGAAAAGAUUUGCUGUGAGUAAUAGUUUAACUAUACACAUACGUAUGCACACUGGGGAGAAACCAUAUCAUUGUGAUAUCUGUGGUAAAACAUUCUCUCAAAAUGGUCAUUUAACUCAACAUGUACGUAUUCACACUGGUGAGAAUCCAUUUCACUGUGAUAGUUGUGGUAAAUCCUUCUCUCAAAAAGGUCAUUUAACUCUUCAUAUACGUGGUCACACAGGUGAAAGACCAUACAGCUGUGAUAUUUGUGGUAAAUCAUAUGCUGAUAACCAGAAUUUAUCUCGCCACAGACGUAUUCACAAUGGUGAGUGGGUUUGUGGUGACAUUGAAAUGGAAAUUGCCAGUUCAAGAAAUUUGUCAGUUUUUAAAACAAAACUAAUGUUAUCAAGUACACAAAGACUCAACUACAUUCAUCAAAGAAAAAGGCCAUACCUUUGUAUUAUCUCUAAGAGAGCAUUUUUAGAAAGAGGGAAUAUGACUAAUUAUAAAGAUACUCACAUGGGUGAGAAACCAUACCGUUGUGAUAUCGAAGAGAAAAUUUUCUCUUUGUUAGCUAAUCACAAACAAGUCAGAGAUAAAGCAUUCCACUGUGAUAUUUGUGGGAAAGGAUUCUCUGACAACAGUGCAUUAACUAGACAUGUACGUGUGCACACUGGUGACAACCCAUACCACUGUGAUAUCUGUGGGAAAACAUUCUCUGGUAGCAGCACAUUGAGUAGGCACAUUCGCAUGCACACUGGUGACAACCGAUACCACUGUGAUGUCUGUGGGAAAAGAUUCUCUGACAAUAGUGCAUUAACUAGACAUAUACGAAUGCACACUGGUGAGAAACCAUACCACUGUGAUAUCUGUGGAAAAUCAUUUUCUGACAGUAAUAGUUUAACUAAGCACAUUCGUAUGCACACUGGUGAGAAACCAUACCCAUGUGAUAUAUGUGGAAAGAGAUUCUUUGAUGGAAGUGGAUUAACGAAACACAUACGUAUGCAUACUGGUGAGAAACCAUACCACUGUGAUAUCUGUGGGAAAACAUUCUCUCAGAAUGGUCACUUAACUGAACAUGUACGUAUUCACACAGGUGAGAAUCCAUUUCACUGUGAUAUCUGUGGUAAAUCCUUCUCUCGGAGUAGUCACUUAACUCUUCAUGUACGUAUUCAUACUGGUGAGAGACCAUACAAUUGUACAGUCUGUGGGAAAAAUUUCUCUGCAUAUAGUAGUUUAACUAGUCACAAGCAAGUUCACACAGGACAUAAACCAUUUUACUGUGAUAUCUGUGGAAAAACAUUCUCUAACAGUAGUGGUUUAACUAACCAUAUACGCAUACACACUGGUGACAACCCAUACCACUGUGAUAUUUGUGGUAAAACAUUCUCUGACAAUAGUACAUUAACUAGACACAUACGCACACACACUGGUGAGAAACCAUACCAUUGUGAUAUUUGUGGUAAAACAUUCUCUCAAAAUGGUCAUCUAACUCAACAUGUACGUGUCCAUACAGGUGAAAAACCAUAUCAUUGUGAUAUCUGUGGUAAGACAUUUUCUCAAAGAGGUCAUUUAACAAUUCAUGUACGUGGCCAUACAGGUGAGAGACCAUAUAGCUGUGAUAUUUGUGGUAAAACAUAUUCUGAUAAUCAAAGCUUAACUCGUCACAGGCCUGUCCACACAGGUGAGAAACCCUAUCAUUGUGACAUCUGUGGUAAAACUUUCUCUGAGAAUAGAAUUUUAACUAAUCAUAAGAAAAAGUCACACGGAAGUCAAACCUUAGAACAAUAGGAUAACUUGGAAGACAUUGUGUAAAUUAUUACUUCAUGAAACUGGAAGGAAUUCCUCUAGGACAGAAUUUGGUGAAAUAUGAUUGGAUAUUACAAGAAAAUGGACAAAAUUUUAUUUUCUUUACCUCAAUAUUCUCUCUCUGAAAAACCUUUGCUGGAGAUUAUUUAAAUUUUUUACUGUAAUGAAAAUGAGUUAAAGAUUUACACUUUUGAAUGUGACAAUUUCUCUGGUAGAAAGUUAGCGUAAAUAACAAAUGAAGUAUUGCAAUGUUUUGUAAUCAAACUUUAUUUAAAUGUGUGAUCUUCUCAACAGAUUAACUUUUAUAACUAGUCUGGUUGUGGAAAUAUCAGUAUUGUGAUACUGUGAACAGUCAACAAUUGUGUUUUGCAUCUGAAGUACUUGUUUGUCUUUGAAUUGAUGUUUCAAUACAAGCAGAUUCGUCCAUUCAACUUUCA